UUCGAGUCGAAAAGGUUUAAGUUAGGUCAAAAAGGUUUAAGUUAGUAUGGUUAUCUAAAGAUUUUGUUUUCUUGAAAUUGUGGCAGUAUCAAGAUUUAGUCUAACUUGUACUAUGGUGAUUUUGCGUUGGUCUGAAGUUAGAAGCUAUGGUAUCAAGAGAAAUGUCGUUUCGUAGCAUUGUUCGUGAUGUUAGAGAUAGUAUAGGAAGCUUUUCGAGACAUGGUUUCGAAGUGAGAGUGUCUAAUGGGACUCAUGAGAGGAGUAAAUCUCACGGUGCAUUGGUUAAGACACUUGGUGAAGAUCUUGCUGUAAUCAAGAACACUCGUUGGGCUAAUUUGCCAGCUCCUAUACUACGAGAUGUGAUGAGAAGGUUGGAUGAAAGCGAGAGCAAGUGGCCUGCUCGUAAACAAGUUGUUGCUUGUGCUGGUGUCUGCAAGACAUGGAGAUUAAUGUGCAAAGAUAUUGUCAAAAGUCCUGAGUUUUCGGGUAAACUCACGUUUCCGGUUUCGUUGAAACAGCCCGGGCCUAGGGACGGAACCAUACAUUGUUUUAUCAAAAGGGACAAGUCUAAUAUGACUUACCAUCUUUACCUUUCUCUUAGUCAUUCCUUACUUGUUGAAAAUGGAAAGUUUCUUCUCUCGGCUAAGCGCACACGAAGGACUACAUAUACAGAGUAUGUGAUAUCAAUGGAUGCAGACAACAAUUCAAGAUCAAGUAGUACUUACAUUGGCAAAAUGAGGUCUAACUUUCUAGGGACAAAGUUCAUAAUAUACGAUACAGUGCCUGCGUACAACAGCUGCCAAAUACUGUCCCCGCCAAACCGGAGUUGUAGGUUCAUCUCCAAGAAAGUCUCUCCCAAUGUCCCAUCUGGAAGUUACAACAUUGCUCAAGUUACAUAUGAGCUGAACUUUCUUGGACCCCGUGGACCUCGGAAGAUGCACUGCAUUAUGCACUCUAUCCCUUCCCUAGCUCUAGAGCCCCGCGGCACUGUCCCUGACCAACUGGAGAAUCUGGAACAUUCCCUUGAUGAGUCUUUCCGCGGCUUUGAUUCCUCAACGAUUAUCGAACAUUCGGGAGGUUUCAGCAGCUCCCGGUUCUUAGACAUCGUUGGACUUGGACCGCAAGAGAAAGAAGGAAAGGAUGGACCUCUAGUGCUGAGAAAUAAAACGCCAAGGUGGCACCAACAGUUAAAGUUCUGGUGCCUUAACUUCAGAGGGAGAGUGACAGUUGCUUCGGUUAAGAACUUCCAGCUAAUCUCCGGUGCAACGGUUCAGCCCUCUUCUGGCAGUGAUGCUACUAGAGCAGUGACUACAACACCAUCAGGACCAUCACAGCAGCCAGGGCCAUCAGAUAAGGUGAUACUACAGUUUGGGAAAGUGGGUAAGGACAUGUUCACUAUGGACUAUAGCUAUCCUCUCUCUGCCUUUCAAGCCUUUGCUAUUUGCUUGAGCAGCUUCGACACUAAAUUGGCUUGUGAAUAAAUAAGUACAUUAAUGGUCCAGAACAUUUAUAUGGGGCUAGUUUAAAUAUAUAGGAACAGUUUGGACUUAUUUGUUCUUGUUUAUCCUAUUGGUGUGUGCUAGUGAAUUUGAACGUUAUGGUUAUUACUUGUUAUCUUCGAAAAAGUUAGUUAAUGAAAAAUUUUAAAACUGUUCUCA